AUGACUGGAGGCCUGUCUGGAAGAUCAUUCCUGAUCUGCAAAUUCCUGAAGGCUGUGAGAGCAUGUGGGAGGAAAAGUUACCACGCAGUCACCCUCUUCUUAAAUUCCUCUGUAAGCGACUACUACCGGGCUACCUUAGGUAUAAUUAGAUACAAGUCUUAUGUCCCUGUGCGCAGUAACCAAGAAAGAGGGCUCAGAAAAGCUCUUCUGAGCUGCGAGGUACCAGUGGUGGCUUGUCAAGGCAAAGCGUUGCUUGGGACACUGGUAUCUAGAAGGCUUAGGAAAGGGUUAUGGUGUAGAUGCUUCUGUGGCAGUGCUGGGAGAGAGAAACUGGGACUUGUGAAGUCUAAUACCCUCCUCUUUUCCUUGAGAAUAGCUGAAGCAGCAAACCCCCCUCCCUUGACAGAGGCUCAGAAGAACAAACUGAGACACCUGUCAGUUGUUACUCUGGCUGCCAAGAUCAAGUGCAUCCCCUAUUCAGUGCUGCUGGAACAGUUACAGCUGAAGAACGUCCGGCAGCUGGAGGACCUCGUGAUUGAGGCUGUGUACGCGGAUGUGCUGCGCGGGAGCCUGGACCAGCGGAACCAGCGGCUGGAGGUGGAUUACAGCAUUGGGCGGGACAUCCGGAGGGAGGAGCUAAGCACCAUCACCCGCACCUUGCAGGAGUGGUGCCAAGGCUGUGAAGUUGUCUUGUCGGGCAUCGAAGAACAGGUUAGCCGAGCCAACCAGCAUAAAGAGCAACAGCUGGCGCUUAAGCAGCAGAUAGAGAGCGAGGUGGCAAAUCUGAAGAAGACAAUUAAAAAGACAACAGCAGCUGCUGCAGCAGCCACAUCCCAAGACCCGGAACAGCACCUAACAGAGCUCAGGGAGCCAGCCCCUGGCACCAACCAGCGCCAGGCUAGCAAGAAAACUUCCAAAGCCAAAGGGCUCCGGGGCAGCGCGAAGAUUUGGUCUAAAUCAAACUAGUUGGAUCCUCCUUCACAACUGGGAGGGUGAGAGGGAGAGAUUUUGGGGGGGAAGGAGGGUAGCAAGGGUCCCAAGUGUGAUGCUUCUGAACUCAUCUCCAAGAUCCAUCUCUCCAACUAAUUCUCCUGCAUGUUUGUUCUCUUUCCUGGCUUCUUCCUUCCCAGCCAGUCUAUCCCUCUUCUCUAUCAUAGCAUUUUACCCUCUAAGCUGUAUGCCUUGCUGUUUCCCUUACCCCUCAAGCCCCCAUCACCACGACCAUAUGUUUCUCUCUCUUCUUCUCUCCUUGUCUUUCGACAGAUAAAUUUAAAGAGCCAGAGAGCUGCCAGUCACCUUUGCACCAGUAGGGCAUGACAGAAGCUUGGAAAGUGUGUGUGGUGCUCAGCAAUCGUUUUGGCUCUAUGAGACCCCUGGGACGCUUUGCUCCAGGAUGCAGCUGCCAUCUUUGAUUGUUUUAUCUUUGUUUUGCUGGGUGGGAGGGUAGUUUUUGAAGGGAUUCUUUCAUAAAAAUAUAUAUAAAUAUAUUAUAAAUAUCUAUAAAAAUAAUAAAAAUACAGAUCUAUGGACAUAUC